AUGUCCGAGCUUUCCUUUACCAAGACAUUUCUCUCCACGCUGGACUCCCGUCCUAUCAAGCUGCGGGCUGACCAUGUCUUCGAUCCGGAGCAGAUUGGCCUGCGUAUGCCGUACACACUUCCCCGCCUCCAGGCCCCGCAUCCCGAGAUGCCGAAGAAAGUGAAGCAUACACUCGCCCCGGGCUCUUCGAAAUCGAUCAACGUCAACAUCAAGUCUGCACGUAAUCCGGCCCUCGAGUUUACCAUCCCCAAUGCUCCUCUUUCUACGACGACUAUGCAGGAUGUGAGGGAUGCCGUUGGUGGGCGUGUCAGCGAUGCUCAAGGAAACCAAGUGCCACUGGACAAGAUCAAGAUUUUGUAUCGCCGCAAGCCUGUGACAGGAACAGGGAAGACAUUGGCCGAGAUUCUGGCCGAUGAACCUGAGAUGCUGGCAGGAGGAAAAGCGGUCGAGUUUGGGAUAAUGAUCAUCGGAGGCGCCCAGGCGAUUGACGCACCCGCUCAACCAGAAUCUGCAAAGGACGAUGUGUCCCCACCCAAGGCAGCGGUUGGACCAAGCGGUGCGGAGGUGUUGCAGACCGAGGCUUUCUGGAAUGAUCUUGAGGGUUAUCUCGAGCAGCGGUUGAAGGACACGGACGAGGCGAAACAUUUACAAGCACUGUUCAAGAGCGCUUGGAGCUCCAGUCGGUCAUAG